AUGGGCAAGAGUGUUUUUGUUACUGUAGGAACGACUAAAUUUGAUCUCCUAAUCGAGACGAUUGUCAAAGACGCAAAUGUUCUGCACACACUUGUCGAUGAUUUACAUAUUGAGAAGUUAAUUUUACAAAUAGGAAGUUCUCCAAUGCCAUCGCAUGAAACUACUCCCAUUCCGAUUCAGUUUUACCAGUAUAAAGACUCGAUUGAGAAUGAUAUUCAACAAGCGGAUCUCGUCAUCAGUCAUGCUGGUGCAGGAACGAUUUUGCAAACACUUGAAGCAAACAAACCGUUGUUAGUGGUGAUCAAUGAACAACUGAUGAACAACCAUCAACUUGAGAUCGCGCAUGUAAUGGAAAAGCAAGGUUAUCUGUAUUUUUGCACCUGUGCGACAUUAGCAGAAACGUUGAAGAAAUUCGUCAACCAUCGAUUUGAGCAAUAUGAAAAAGGCAAUCCUUUGUUAUUCGGACGAUAUUUGAAUGAAAUUAUGACGGAAUGA